CAGUUCCCAGCAUGCCAGGGAGUGGUUGGGAGAGCCAAGCUGUCUUUAGGACUGGGGCUGGGCAGAGGGUUGCAGAGUGGACACUGAGGAGCUGAAGAGUAACUGACCUGAAGAUUGAAAGCUAAGGAGACAGAUCACAGUGAAGGAGGAUUUAGGCUAGAGUUAUGAGGGUGGGAGCUGCGACCUUGGCUGGAGGGAUAUUUGGGGCAGUGGGGACUCUGUGUUUCUUCUUAGCCUUUGGUACAGACUACUGGCUGGUGGCCAGUGACAACUGUGGAUCAUAUACAUGGCAGACGCAAACAAAACUUAGAGGGGAAAAAGAUGCCAAUGGAACUGAGAUCCUGUUAGUGGAAGCUGUCACUGUUUCUGCUCCAUCUCUCACUCUGCACCAUGAGGGCUUCUUCUGGCGCUGUGUGUUUCAGGUGGAGCCCACAGCACAUGCAGUCCUGGCCACUCUCUUCACAAACCAGCCAGAAUCCAAGGUCUGCAUCCAUGGUUACCUUUUCCCUCUGCCUGUUGCACUUGGACAGGUGCCUCAUCCAAGUUAUGAUGCUACAGCAGUGUUUCGGGGUUUCUGGACUGUACUGAUUAUCCUUGGCCUGGUCGCAGCUCUAACUGGAGGCUUUCUCUUGGUCUGUGGUGUCCCCUUCAUCAGCCACAAACUGUACAAGCUGGGCGGUGCUUUCCUUAUCGCUGCAGCCUGCUUGUUCCUGUUCAUGCUGCUGCUCUACGUACUGUGGAUGGAGGUGGUGGAGGUGAAGCGCUACGUCCUUCAGGAGAGAGGGGAGGCAUGUCCACAUGCACAGGUUUCGGUGCUCUACGGCCUGUCGUUCAUGGUGGCGGCUGCCGGUGUGCCUCUGGAGCUCGUCUCCGGGUUGAUUUUCCUGCUGGUGGGCCGUGUGUUGCGUGCCAGCAAGUGAGCUUACCAUCUGGACUGUAGGGGAAGAACGGACUGACCUUUUUAUGUCCUGCAAAUGGGAUCAGCAGCGCACUUGUGAGAUGUAAAUACUGUCUGGAAAGACAUGAUCAAUAUUACAGCAACACCCUUUGGAUUUCGAGUAGCAUGCAGUCAGGGAUGCUGAUAUAUCAGUUUUCUAUAACUUGCUUUGUUUCUAUGAAAAUCACUAAUUAUUAUAUAAUAAAAAUACCAGAAAAGUUCAGUGUUACUGGCAUUAAGGAGCAAAAGGAUGUGUCAAGACUGUUUUAUUUUCUAAACAUUACCAGAGUAAUAAUAUUAUAUUAAUGCUGCAAGCUAUGAGUCUAUAGGGCAGAAUGUGAGAAAUGUAUGGGUGAACCAGCUGUGUCCCCUGUCCUCAUUUUGGCACCUGAUCAAGUGGGCGAGCUGGAGCGGAGUGAGAAAUGGCUGGAUGGACUGGAGACAAACCAUAGCUUUGGAUAGAAGGUGGGGGUGGAGGUGGAGCAGGAUAGGGAUAGAUAUAGCGUGUAUAGAGAAAGAAUUGAUGCUUGUGGGGGGGCACAAGGGGGCUUUGAGAAAUGAACAGCUGUUUGUGGGUUUGGUUGGUGUACAGCAGGCCGGCCACCUGCCCCCCUUCACCCCAGUCACAUUUCACUCCCUCACUGAAAUCCUUAUGCUUUCUCUUUUCUGACUCACACUCAUGCACACUGUUAUAUUCCUCUGUCCCGCCCUCCAUGUUUACAAAAACAUUCAAUUCAAAAACCCCUGUCUCUAAUAGAUCUAAUCUACUAACACACAUUCAUUGCACGCAUGGACAACAUGACCCACGUCCUUGCGGGUGUUCUUUCUCUUCCUCAGUCUUCCAAAUGGGAAGCACAGGCUUGUGAUUGUAUCAUAACUGCCACAAUAUUAGAUCAUCCUCCUUUUUCAUUGGUUUGAAUGGGCAGCGUGUGGAAACAAGCGGGUGGACUCUAAAUCACACAUAUCGGCUUUCAUCUGCUCUACUGAGGAGCAGAAGUGGUGGAGAGGGGGGGCAUGUUUGCUUCAAAGAACUCACAGAUCAAACACAGAAAAAUACACACACACACACACACACACACACACACACACACACCACACACACCACACACUGUGAUCAAACUGUGCAGAACACACCAAUGUAAAUUAGUGAAAUAAACUGUAUUUUUUUAACUGCACAUACACAGCUUGUCUAAGAUCUGACUUGUGUAAGAAAGCAUACUUCAGAGUGUAACGCAGCCCAGCCAUCAAAUGCUUUUGCUGAGUUUAUUGUGUUGCCCGUGAUGUCAGAGGAUACCCUCUAAUAUUGGUACAUUGGGGUUGUGGUCUUUCAAAUGGUUGUUACUGAUAAUAACAUGUGAUUUUAUUUAAGUGUUGUAGUUAUGUGAUGAUAAACAUGGUAGAUAGAUGAUAUAUAUGCGAUUUUGUGUUGUUUGUCUGCAACAGCAUGAUGGCUGCCUUGCUUGGCAGGAAACUUUGGAAGAACUGUUUUAAUCUCAAUUAAGCCUUUUAUGAUAAAUAAUGCUUGAAUUGUUUGUAAGUGUUUAAAUAAAAAAUAGAAGUCUAUAAACUUUUGUCUCCA